CAAGCUUGGCUCAAGGCUCAGGAGCCAGCUCGAGCAGCGCAUGCAAUAAUGAGCAAGGGCUUCAUCGCCCUUGGUAAUGUAUUCUGGCUCCCAGACGUGAUGUCGAGCUCGCUGAUGGCUGCAACUGCUCGGUACCCCAUCACGCUCAUGUUGGUUGGCCUGUCCAUCUGUGUCGGUGCCGUUGACGUGCGCAGCUGUGAUUGGGUGGAUGGCCACCUGCAGGUGAAAUGGCAGGCACCCGCAGGUACACCUUCUGAUUACUACGAGAUCCAGCUGUCCAGCACGUCAGAGGGCCAAGCUUUCGGGAUCUUUUCCACUGCAGCCUUGUCAGCAGACAUCGACUCCCUGUCGCCAAGCACGACCUACUGGGUUCGAGUGCGCGCGCACGCGUGA